CUCGGUCAUAAAAUUCUGAAAAGCAUGGAAACAGCCCCAGGAAAUCCAGCACUCGUAUUUUUGGACGACUGUCUACCUCCUGAAAGCGAUUACGAAUCACGCGAUGACCUCAUACUGUCAAUUAACAACUGGGCGGCAGCAAGGGGAUACGCCUUCACGACCGGGAGAUCAACCAAAGAGAAAAGUGGACGACGGACGAUUACGUAUUCGUGCGAUCGGUCAUGCCAGCCUCCAAGCAAAACAACAGCGCGCCAAAGACGAACUACGAGUAGGGGAACCGGUUGUCAGUUUUCCGUGCUUGCCAAGGAAUCUUUGGAUAAAAGCACGUGGAGCUUGAGACACCGACCCGACAAACGAUUUUCUUCUCAUAAUCAUCCCCCAAGCCAGCAUCCGUCUGCUCACCCAACGCAUCGCAAGCUGACAGAGGAGGAAUUUGCGAAAGUAGCUGGCCUUUCACAUGCUGGCGUAGCGCCCAGGGAUAUCCGGACAUACAUACGACAAACGACAAACUCUGUAGCAACCCAACAGGAUAUCUACAACCAUAUUGCAGCCGUCAAACGAGAUAUUCGUGGAGGGCAGACCUCGAUCCAUGCACUUGCCAAUCAGCUUGACGAGGAAGGCUUCUGGAGUCGAAUGCAGUUUGCACCAGAUGGCCGGGUUACAGCUGUCUUAUUCGCCCACCCAGAUUCCCUAGCCCUUCUACAAGCCUACCCAGACGUAAUGCUGUUGGACUGCACCUAUAAGACCAACAAGUACGGUAUGCCGCUUCUUGACAUAGUUGGCGUCGACGCUUGCCAACGAUCCUUCUGUAUUGCGUUCGCAUUUCUCAGUGGCGAAACAGAAGACGAUUAUACCUGGGCUUUGGAGCGGGUCAGGUCCCUGUAUGAUCAGUGCAACGCCAGCAUGCCCGCGGUUAUCCUCACAGAUCGCUGCUUAGCAUGCAUUAAUGCUGUAGCCACUGUCUUUCCCUCUUCGGCAUCUUUGCUUUGCCUCUGGCAUGCAAACAAGGCGGUGCUUCAGCAUUGCUAUUCUGCGUUCGACCUUGCCAAGAAGAAAACAACCAGUGGCUCCGCAGCGUCAAAGUCAUCGACUAACAACUGGGAAGAGUUCUACAAGUCCCGGCAUUUGAUUAUUAGCUCGCCGUCUGAGAUAACCUUCCAGGAGCGUGUUUCCCAACUCGAGGAACGUUAUCUUACGGACCAUCUCGAAGAAGUCGGCUACGUUACAUCCUUUUGGCUUGACCCAUACAAGGAGAAGCUAGUGAAAGCCUGGGUUGAUCAGCACACCCAUUUUGGCAACGUGGCUACCUCGCGGGUUGAAGGCAUUCAUGCUCUGCUGAAAUCGCACUUAAAGAGAUCCACGUUGGAUCUGUUUGAGGCCUGGCGAGCGAUGAAGCACGCGUUACUCAAUCAGCUGUCGGAUCUCAGAUCUAAUCAAGCCAAACAACAGACAAGAAUCCCGGUCGAGCUUUCGGGAUCAUUUUAUGGCGCAGUACUUGGCUGGGUAUCGCAUGAAGCCCUCCGCAAAGUAGAAGAACAACGGAAGCUGCUCUCGAAGCAUGAGCCAUCCCAUUCUGCGAUCUGUACGGGGGCCUUCUCUCGAGUGUACGGUCUGCCAUGCUUACACAAAUUGAAGGCUUUACAAGAACGAAAUCUUGUUCUGCUACGUGAACACUUCCAUGUGCAUUGGCAUCUGAGGCGCGAAGGAGCGCCGCAGCUGUUGCUAGAGCCUCGCCAGCGAAUCGAGCCCAGGUUGCAGUUGGAGAGCUCCCGAAUUCCGAAGUCAAGCACUAGGCGAGAGCCAAGUGGGUUUGAAAUCGUUGAAGUUGCGUCACGGGCCCCAAGCACAUGUAGUAGGUGUCAUGUGGUUGGUCAUACCAUGACUUCAAAGGCGUGCCCUCUGCGAUACUCGCAUUUAUUGCCCGAGCAAGAGCCUACUCCGGGUCCAGCCUCGACGCCAAGUGCGGUCUAUGCCACUGCAUCUAAAGUCACAGAAAGCCUUCCUUUGAACGCCUUACAGUCCAUGUCUGCCUUGGCUCAACCGACUACAGAUAGAGCAGUGGAAGCCAGGAUGUCACCACCGGAGAUGCCACCACCAUCACAGCGUUCGCCUUCACCCUCGCGGUCGAGAUACGAUUCACCUCAGGCAAUAUACGGACGGUACUGUGCAGCGAGAACCGCCUGGUAUGCUGCCCAGCCUCGUGGAAGUGUCAAAACAAACCAGGAGUAUCGGAGGGCAAUGGGACUUCCCCUGCGGUACGGAAAGAAGUGCUAUGAGUGGUGUCUUGACUACAAGCAGAUGAACAGACGCUGCACCACCUCCAAGGGGUCAAGGGAUUGGCUCAAGGAGGAAAUGAUGGCUUAUCUAGACUGGGACAAAGCUGAACAGGAACGGGUUGAUGAGCUUGUCGUCGCAGAAGAGGGAGAAGACCCUUUUCUGAACAGCAGGAGAGGUAUGGGGGACAUCUGGAAACGAGCCGAGAGAGAUAAUGCCGAACAAGAGGCGUUGUAUGCCGAGGGUCAGCCCGGAGAGUGUAUCAUGGUUAAAUCGUGAAAUAAAGGACAGCUUAAACCCAACUCAUACCUCCGAUCGGCUCAAGACCCG